GCAAAUGGUAAUGGUGAUUUCAGCCUAGCUCAUAGCCAAGACGUCAGAGGAUUGCUGAGCUUGCAUGAUGUGUCACACCUCAACAUGGGAGAAGCUUCACUCUACAAGGCAAAGGAGUACUCGGGCAAACACCUUAGAUCUACACUGAAGUACUUGGAGCCAAAGCUUGCAAGAUAUGUAAGGCAAUCACUAGACCAUCCAUAUCAUGUCAGCCUCAUGCAGUACAAGGCCAGGCACCACCUAAGCUACCUCCAGAGCUUGCCCACUAGGAACACUGCAAUUGAGAAGCUGGCACUUGCGGAGUUUCAGAUUAACAAGUUGCAGCAUCAGAGGGAAAUGCAAGAGGUUAACAGAUGGUGGAUGGAUCUGGGAUUGGCUGAAGAAAUACCGGCUGCAAGGGACCAAGUAGUGAAAUGGUACAUGUGGCCCAUGACUAUCCUCGAGGGUUACUCCUUCUCUAAGUAUCGAAUUGAGAUCACAAAGAUCAUCUCAAUGGUCUACAUCGUGGAUGACAUCUUCGAUCUUGUUGCCACACAAGAGGAGCUCUCCCUCUUUAAUGAUGCAAUCAUAAUGUGGAAUCUUGAAGCUGCUGAUUCACUCCCAAGCUACAUGAUAUCAUGCUACAAGGCUCUUUACAAUAUAACAAAUGAUAUCGCUGACAUGUCCAUGAAAGAGCAUGGACUGAACUCAAUCGAUCAUCUCAAGAAAGCUAGGCCAUGA